AUGGCUAUCCAAUCGAACCACAACACGGUCCUACUGGAAACGGUUGUUCUAAUCGUCGUCGAUCAACACGGCAAGGAAUUCACCGUACGAGCGCUCCUAGAUUCUGCAUCGAUGUCCAACUUCAUCACCAAGCGACUGGCAAACGCUCUUGUCACACAGCGUACUGCAGUGGACGUUGCUGUAUCAGGACUAGGAGAAUCCGUCAAGCAGAUCAAACGCCAAAUCACGGCUACGAUCAAAUCGAAACCGAACACUUUUUCCACCACACUCGAAUUUCUCGUAAUGAAGAAACCAUCUGCCAAUCUUCCGACUAUCGCCAUCAACAUAGCUGCGAGGAACUUACCAAGCGUUCCACUGGCCGAUCCGCAUUUCAAUAUUCCGGGCAUGAUCGAUAUCAUCAUCGGUGGGGCAUGCUACCACGAAAUCCACACCGGUAGCCGCAUAGCACUCGGGAACGGUCUACCAUUGCUGGUCGAAACACACUUCGGGUGGGCAGUUUCUGGAAAAACGUCCACCAAUUCAGCUGAUGCACCACCAGCAUGCUACAUAUCGACCAUCGACCGAUCCCUCGAAUCAGCACUUCAACGUUUCUGGGAGCUUGAAGCCGUCGAUAAUGGCCCGACGCAUUCCUCAGAAGAUAAAUUGUGCGAAGAGAUCUAUGCCACUACUACCACUCGAACUCACGAUGGAAGGUACGUCGUACGCCUUCCUCGGUCCGAAGAUCCGCAAGUCACACUCGGAGAGUCCCGAGAAAUUGCCACACGCCGCUUCUACAGCCUUGAGCGCCGCCUUGAAAGAGAUCCUGUCUUGAAGAAAGCCUACCACACUUUCGUCGAAGAAUACCUCCGCCUCGAUCACAUGCGCAAGCUCAAUUCUGUUGACGACGAAGUUCCGCAUUGCUAUCUGCCGCAUCACCCGGUAUUCAAGGAGAGCAGCACCACCACAAAGGUAUGCGUGGUGUUCGACGCUUCCUGUAAGACCUCCUCCGGAAUGUCGCUCAACGACACACUCCUCGUCAGUCCAGUUGUGCAGCAGAAUCUCGACACCAUCAUCAUCCGCUUCCGUUUUCACGUUGUUGCCAUUGUGGCUGACGUAGAGAAAAUGUACCGUCAGAUUUUCCACUUUCCUGCUGAUCAACAUUUCCUACGCAUUCUGUUUCGUCGAAGGCCAUCAGAUCCAAUCGACACAUACGAGCUCCUCACGGUUACGUAUGGAACAUCCUCCACCCCGUUCUUGGCAACACGUACACUGCAGCAGCUAGCGAAAGACGAAGAAGACAAUUACCCAGAAGCAGUAGAAGCUGUCGUCAAAGAUUUUUACGUCGAUGAUCUCCUUACUGGCGCAGACAACUUGGAGUCUGCCAUAGAAAAACGUCGUCAAAUAUCUACCAUGCUCGCAUCGGCUGGUCUACCGCUGAAAAAGUGGGCUUCCAACGUUCCUGAAGCUUUGGCUGGCAUCCCGCCUGAAGAUCUGGCGAUCAAAUCUUUCCAUGAUUUGCAAGAUGAUCAGUCAGUAUCCACACUUGGCCUUGUAUGGGAUACGAAGACGGAUAUGCUCCGUUUCAACGUCGAUCUUCCGCUACCAGCACCGAUUCUUACGAAAAGAAAGGUCAUCUCGUACAUUGCCAAGAUUUUCGAUCCGUUAGGCCUCGUUGGACCCACUAUAGCCACUGCCAAAUUGUUCAUGCAGCGACUUUGGAAACUAAAGAACGAAGACAAAGCUCCCUACGAAUGGGACCGCCCGCUCCCGCAGAAGCUACAGGAUGAGUGGAAGCAAUUCCAUGCUACGCUUCCCAUCCUGGCUGACAUCAGAAUUACACGUUUCGUAUCUUUGGCCGCCAUUUCCAAGGUUGAGUUGCAUUUCUUUUGCGAUACAUCUGACGCUGCCUACGGAGCAUGUUGCUUCAACCGCUCGUUUAACCACGACCAAGUAAAGGUUCAAUUGCUGACAUCGAAGUCAAAGGUGGCACCUCUUGCCACGAAACACACUAUCACAAGACUUGAGUUGUGUGCAGCCGUUCUUUCCACGAAGCUGUAUCAGAAGGUUGAACACUCAAUCAAGCUGUCCACCGAUGUCUACUUCUGGACAGACUCAACCACAGUCAUUCAAUGGUUGCAGUCACCACCGAAUCGUUGGAAAACAUUCGUUGCGAAUCGUGUUUCCACCAUCCAAUCCAACACUGAAAUUGCCGCUUGGAGACAUGUCCCAGGAGUAGAAAACCCAGCCGACGAACUAUCUCGAGAUAGUCAGCAGACUUAG